AUGCAUUUCAAUGUAUUUGUAGAAGGUAGCGUGUUCGAUAAUGUCAAGGGAGUUUUUAUCGACCAAUCGUAUCCACUCCGGAUCCGAUGCACUAACUGUGGGAGGCCUCAUGAAAAGGCUGUUGUGCUGUCAGAAGAUAGUGCUGGGAAGGGAGACUUCAAGGAAAACGUCAACCUGAGUGUUACUUGCCGGGAUUGCCAGAGGCUGAUGACAUUGAAGAUUUUGAAGCUAAAGGAAGCAAAGAAGCACAUGCUUCCAACAAAGUUUGAAGACGAGUUCAAAGAAGUAUGGCUUACAGACAUGGAAAGAAACAGGUUUUUAGUGUCUAGAAUUGAGACCAAUGGGGCUGAGGUGACCUCUAUUGAAUCUUGCACUCUUAACAUGGUCUCUAACGAGGAUGUGCUCUUUACAAACGUAGACUUUAAGGGCAAGACCGUGGAAGAACACAACAAAAGUCGCAAUACAAUAUCUUCGAUCACCCAGUUUUCUCUUGUGGUUGAGCUUAGUAAAUAA